UAAAAGGAGUUGCCUAACAACUGACGUGCACAUCAACCCUGACAACAUGCCCCACUCGAAAUUCCUGUACGCCGCCUUCGAAAUUCUCAACGAAACUUACGUCCUGAUAGCCGGCGGACCGUCAGCAUGUCUCCUUUUGUUGCGCAACAGCCCCACAUUCAAAUCCCUGCUCGUCGCUUCCGUCACCCUAUCCGCCGGCAUUUAUUGCUUGUCCACGAAAAGAGGCUCGACCCCUUCUUCGUUACCCGAUAGAAAGAAUGACGAAUCUGUGGUGCUUGUGACGGGCUGCGAUACGGGAUUGGGAUUUUCCUUGGCCGAACAUCUGGUGCAAGAAGGAUUCGUGGUCGUCGCUGGAUUUUUAAAAUUGGACAGUUUGGGCUCACAAUUGUUACCUCAGACCGUCAUCAAAACUAGAUUGGACAUUACCGACUGCGAGAGCGUCAAGUCCACCGUGAAAAUUGUCGAAGAUCUGUUGGACACUCACCCCAAUUACAAAUUUCAUGCCUUGGUCAACAAUGCUGCGACAAUGGUGUUUGGCGAAUUUGAAUGGUUGACCGAAAGACUCAUUGAUUUACAAAUUCAAGUAAAUCUAACUGGAACCCUGAAGCUCACAAAGGCAUUUUGCCCCAUCUUACGAAUGCACAAAGGCAGACUGAUUACCGUCACUAGUCACUGCUCACAAGCAACUCUUCCUGGACUGAGCGUUUACGGGGCCACCAAAAGUGCAUUGAGUGCCUUUUCUGACGGACUCAGAGUGGAAAUGGCCAAAUACGGUGUAAAAGUUAUAACCUUCAUUCCGGGCUCCUUUCCCACCGAAAGCAACAUCAUGUCCAAACAAUUGAACUACGUGGAAGAAAUGCACGACGGCUUUACGGAAGAACAACACGAAUUUUAUGGUGAUUAUUUCAAGAGAUACAACGUUUACUUGUCCUUUCUGACGGGACCGACCGUUCCGAAAAAAAUUAACAACAACGAAUUGUAUAACAAGUUUGACAAUUGUUUGUUAGAUGAAUGCCCCAGUAGCGUGUACAAAGUGGAAGACUGGCGGUAUUUUAUGUACCAUUUACUAUUCAGAUUCUCACCUGUUUGUUUUCGAGAUUAUUUUGUAAAGAAAUUCAUGCAAAUGCCAGACUACCACAAUAAUAAAUAAUAAUUAAUUGUAUAUAUAUGUGUGUGUGUGUGUGUGUGUGUGUGUGUGUGUAUAUAUAUAAAUGUGUGUCAGUCAAUUAUUAUAUUAUUAUAAAGACGCGUUUAAUAAAAACUAAUACUUAUUAUUGACGACUUCACAAUAAAAAUAAAAGAAAGAGAAAUAGGCGCUUAGAAUUUUACUGAAACAAUACAAAAGUAGUGGUACGAAUAAAAGGAAAAUAUCGUCGUUCCGUUUCUCAGUUCCGUUGCAUAAGUUUGUCUCGCACAAGCAGACUGUUACAUUUUUUUGCACCGUACAACCUUCUCUCACGAUCUCCAGCUCUGUGGCACAUCCUCUCGUCGUCUUCGUCUUGUUCUCGCUCAGAUGCACGCUUUUCUUGAAGCAGAAAGUGUUUGCGUUCGGCGGACACAACAGCGUACUAUUGUGGUCUUUCGGUGUGGGGCGCAAAACUGAACACAAUUCGUUAUCCGGACUGCAUUGGUGACAUAUCAGGGAACGCGAUUGUUUAAGGUCCGGAUGUACAGUCAAAAUUGCCGCACAGGCCGUCGUCAAUAUCAGCAACAAUUUAAGGAUGUUAAUGGUUGGUUUCGUGAUUCGGUCAUGACCAUCACAAUAUCGUAGACAUUUGAGGUUAGGUACAUGUUAUGUGACGUUUGAAGUUCGUUGUCGUUCGAAAGAAAGCAUGUCGAAGGCCGCUGCGCGAUUGAAGAAUUUAAAAAAGACCGUCGAGAAAAUACAGCAUGGUAAAAUCAAAACGAACAUUCCUGCCGGCUUGGCAGCUGCCGGACCGCCGUUGGGGCCCAUGCUCGGACAAAGAGGCAUAAACAUCGCUGCGUUCUGCAAAGACUUCAACGAACGAACGAAAGACAUAAAAGAGGGCAUACCUCUGCCCUGCAAGAUCUCCGUUAAUCCGGACAGAAGCUACGACCUGUCGAUCAACAAACCGCCUGUCGUUUAUUUCCUGAAACAAGCCGCGGGAAUACAACGGGCCGCGAUGAACCCGGGCAAAGAAACGGCAGGUAAAGUCACACUGAAACACGUUUACGAAAUAGCAAAAAUAAAAGGUCAAGAUCCCACGUUGGAGACGAAAAGUUUAGAAGAAAUGUGCUUCAUGAUUUGCGGAGUCGCAAAAUCGUGCGGCAUCGAAGUGGUCAAAGAAUUAAACGCCGACGAUUAUAGACAGUUUUUGGAGGAAAGAAAGCUGAUUGUGGAGGAACAGAAAAAGGAACUGCAACAAAUCAAAGAAGCAAAACUGUUACGUACCGGUUGAAUUUUAUGUACAAAUUAGUUUUAGUUAAAUUAAUAAAUUGUAGAUUGAA